AUGGUCACCACCUCCACCCCCAUCCAGUUUAUUCCAAACUCACAAAGCCUGAUCUCGAUCAUUCCUCAACCUUGUAUCAUUGUUCUAUUGAGUACCAUCAUCAUGGUCGUCUCGGCUUUAGGUCACCGUUCUAAAUACGCCACCGCCACCGAUUUCAUAGAUCGUUUCUUCCUACUCUCAGCUUCUUAUCUUGCUCGCUCCAAUCCGGUCGACUCUUCCUCUGCCUUCCAGUUCAUUCCAUCUUUCCAAUUGAUUGUUCGCCACAGUGCAAGGAAGCUGAUGAAUUCGCAGUUAUGGAACAUGUGUGCUGGCCCUUUAGUCUCUUUACCUCAAAUUGGAAGCCUCAUGGUCUAUUUUCCACAAGCCCACAACGAGCAAAAUGUCCAGUAUUCAUUGCUUUAUAUGUUCAACACAAAUAAUAUGAGAAAUGAAUUCGAGUUUCAACAAAUCACUGCAACAUUGGAGCUUGCCAUGUCAUUAAGAGAUGGUUCGAUAAAUCUUUCAAAUUCUCAGAAUUGUCAACUCUCUACAAGAUCAAACGCAAGUAUACUUUUUCCAACAACUUAUGUCGGGAGUUCAGUACUACCAUUUCCUAGAGAUUGGUUGAGUGGUCUCAAUUGCUAUACUAACCAUAUAAAUCGAAAUAUUAACAUGUGA